CUGCUUAACGAAUUGCCCGUCCAACUGUUCUGCGAGCCGAGAAACAAGGAACAGAAGGAGAGGGACGCGCACAAUGGUUCACUAACAUUCUUACGUCCGGCACCGGCUCUGCUUAGCAAAACGUGCCACAUCACCUUCCCGGCAUAAUGCAGGAAAUCAAACAGAGGCAUUUGCAUGAAAACCGGUCGGCGGCUCCAUCGUCACCACUCGCGGGUCAUAUUGGCUUUGAUAUCGGGCGAAUGGCAAUCGUGAUAAAUGGCGUCUCGUAGGCCGCGGACAGCGUCCGAAACGUCAAUCUGUAGAUUUUCCCAAGAGCGGUUGUGCGAAAUUGGACUCAUCACGUGUGCACAGGUGCCAACCAAUAGGGGAGGGGGAAACAGUCGGGCCGACGAUAAAUUUCGGUGCGAUAGUCGUGGCUCAAGCCGUCUGUGAUAUCACUUCUAUUUCCUUGCUUCGAGUUGCGACCUCUUGGAAUUCACGAAGGCUGUUUUAUAAUGGUUUGACCUCACCGGCACGUCAAGUUUUGUUUCGCUAUCACACGUUUGUUUUUAUAAUGACUCACCUGAGGCGUCCAAUGAAAUCGCAUUCAACGCCUGCAACGUUGAAAUGGCUGACGGCGAAUUACGAGCUAUGUGAAGGUGUGUGCAUUCCACGCAGCACUCUUUAUAUGCAUUACCUCGACUUUUGUGCGAAGAAUGACUCUCAGCCCAUCAAUGCAGCUAGCUUCGGAAAGAUUAUUCGGCAGCAGUUUCCUCAGAUCACCACGCGGCGACUAGGAACAAGAGGACAGUCAAAAUAUCAUUACUACGGGAUCGCCAUCAAAGAGGAGUCAUUGUAUUAUGAGACGAUGUAUUCUGCGCACGGUGCUUAUAGUAAUAUGAAUGAAGGAAAGAAAGAUGCGACUAAACAGGCACUGUCAUUCGUGCCUAGGGCGAAAGUCGGGACUCUACUGCCGGAGUUCCCAAGUGCAAAGGAUAUCAUGGUGCCAACUGGUGUCGAGGAUGAUAAAAUUGCAACAUUUCUUAUGAUGUACCGCACACACUGUCAACGCAUUCUUGACACUGUAAUACGAGCAAACUUCUCUGAGAUACGCGACUUUCUAGUUCACUACUGGCAGGGCAUGCCAGUGCACAUGACGUCAUUGCUGGGCAGCACGGUCAUUGUGCAGCUGGUGUCCGUGUGCGACUCCAUCACGUACAGAGCUCUGCUGGACGUGCUAAUACCGUCAGUGCUUCACACCGUACCGGAAAGCCUAGCAGACGCCAUGCGCAAGUUCUCCGCCGACCUGGAAUGCUGGCUAGAGACUGCUUUACACGGUCUUCCCGACGACUUGCACGUCACAAAGUUCAGAGCCGCAAGACGAUUCUCAGAGCUACUUCAGCGUCAGUUCUCACUGACACAGCUUUGCCAGACAGCGCGCUCUAUCGUCAUCAACACAGAUAUAGUCGCGGCUAUACUGUCGGAUCUGAGGCGCAUCGACGUGCGAGAGAUAUGCUGUCAGGUUCUAUACACGGCCGCCAUAGAGCUCGGAUACAGUCUCUGUCGAGAGAAACUAGCCGCAUACUACCGGGAGUUUGAAGCGUUGUUAGAGGAGAAGUCUGGCAUUGACGAUUACAUUGCGUGGGCAGAUUCGAUUUUAAAGCGAUGUUUUCAACAGAUGAGCAAAGGGCGACAGGAGAUGUGCAUUAGGUACUUCAUUCACCUGUGGAUGUACUUCGGAUCUAAAAUCUCCCGGGAACUGACGUUACACAACUCUCAAAGCUUCGGCUCGUUUCAAGUCCUACGCAUGAUGUUUGACGACUACCUGUUGCUGCAGUUGCAUCUUCAACAGGAUCAAAUAGAAAGUGACAACACCUUGUGCUGUCUCGCGGGACAAGACCUGCCGAUCGAACCAAACGAUCCCCCGCUGCAAUACUUCAACAAUCCGCUAUUUGAUCCAACGUGGAACAGCGUAAAUACGUUCUCGCAGGGAUGUACCGAUAGAUGGUGUGGCGGUGCAUUAAUGUACACAGAUGCCAGCCAACAAGACGAUGCUGGCGACUUCUGGCGGCCAUCCUGUCGGUUUUCACCAAUAACCUCGGAGCAGUUUCUUCCAGACAAUAACAUAAUUACAUGAUACAGUGUGUUUAAUAACAGAUUUGAAUGAGAUGUGCGGAUUGCGGCGUAACCUUGCAUAGCGUAAUCAUGAUGUCUUUAUUUACUAGUGACGCGAACAUCUACAGAUACUACCAUUGUGCUGCUAAAUUGCUCUUAGUUAUUUGCAACAGAAUGAAAAAUAAAAUAUCAACCCUAAUUUUAGCUCCGACACAAAUGUUAUAACAAAGCUCAGAUAGACAUGCAUACGAUUUAGCGCUCAUGAGUAAUAUACGCUCUUUAUAUAUGUAUUUAAACAAAUUUUUAUAUUGUUAGAGCAUAUAUUAGUCAUAAAUAAUUUACCAAUGAUACUAAUAUUCUUGUAAAAAAUAAUGUUUGAUAUUGGUUAUAAAUUUGCUCAUAAUUAUAA